AUGGAACUGCUACUGUUCUAUGUUAUAAUUUUGCUUUUGAACAUGUUUGAUUUUUCAUCAGGAAUAAUAUAUAAUAGUAAAGGUGAUGUCAUGAAACACUUUGAUUGUGUCAACCAGGGAGUCUCCACAAAGAAUGAAAUACUCAGGUUGUAUCUUACUUCAGAUGACGUGAGAAUCCAGUGUAUUUUCAAAUCUGACAGUAACUUGACUUCAAAGGACUUUCUAAACAUGUUCACAUCAGGAGGAGUUGUUCCCAGCUUGAAAAUCAUAAAUAGUACCUAUGCUGGCAUCUUCCACUUUAAUUUAAAGCUGUUCAGUGAUCAAAUUUACUGGUUGAUUGAUAUUCCCAGAGAAAACAUUACAAAAAGUAAAGAUAUCGCAGCUGUAGAAGAAUGGAUAGUAAGAAUUUAUUUACAACAUGGAUUAAAUACUUACACUACUGAAGGAACACUAUUGGAUACAAUCCGAGAACCCAUUCUUCAGUGGAAUCUUGGGACUGUACUAACAGAAGUCAACAUCAGAAAGUUAUUUCCACACGUGGUCGGCCUCAGAGCAACAAAAUGCCCCUGUGCCAAUGACGUGGCACUGCUUGGCUUCGUUCUGAACUCGGCAUUUAAUGGUGUUUACAUAGGCCUCAGCAUUUCCGGAUUUUGGCUUUAUGAUGAGACCCAGUGGUAUAACCUGACAGAGACGAUCUAUUCCAAAGUUGGAGAAGGACAUAUAGAGCUUUCAGUGGUGGAUAUAGUUUUAACAAAUCAUUUCUUAGUCAUCCUCACCUCUUUGGGACUUUUUGUAAGUGGAGAUCUUCGUCACCCACAACACUCUGAUCUAAAGUUUUCAAGGGCAGACUUUUGUGGUUUUGAAAGGGGUGACUAUGCCAGAGGAAAAUUGUGGUAUAAUGAAAGAUGUUUUGCUAACAGAGAAUACUUUGAAGUUGACUAUAUUACUGUCAUCUUUGAGAGAAACAGGACUUUAAGUGAGGCAAGCUCUUGUUUUUAUGGGAGAGAGCCAUUUCUUAAAUGGUUACCUUGCUUACCUCAGUUUGCAAAAGGAAUGAAAAUUGCCCCUUCAACUGUAAUAACAUUUCUGGUUGACCAAGAUCAUAAUUCUGGAGUGUACCUCUUACAUAACCAGGUAUGCCUUAUGACCUCUGUCUCUGUGCACAUCCUAGAAAAUGACAAACCAAGAUUAAAAGAAAAAUUUCCAGCUUUCACGUUUCCUCCAUCAUUCUCUUCUCCUGUUGGGAUGAAAUUCCAUCCACGAAGCCAUUUACUGUAUGUCUAUGGCAAUCAGGUAUGGUUUUCAAUCGACGGUGGCAACACUUUUGAAUUGUUAGCUGACUUUCAUGACGAUAUCAUAAAGAAUACUUAUCAUAGUUUCUACAAUUCCGAGAUCAUCUUUGUUUCCCAAAGUGGACAGGUUUACUUGACGAAAGCAGGAUUACACAGAUAUAGUAAAAUUGGAUCUAUUGCUGACAACAUUUUCACAUUAUACUAUGACCACAUGGGAUUCAUACAUAAACUGACUCUGGGUCGUUUUGAAGCUAAUGGAAAUUCUAUAAGUAUUUUUGGACAGGCGGUUGAUAUGGGCUUUGAGACUGCGCUCGCCCCGGAGUAUAUCACCAUAAAUGAGAUGAUCUUCUAUGCAUAUGUGCCUGCGAAUGAACCUCAGGACUCUAUACACACCAAGAAGUUCAGCAACAUUCACUUGGGAAAAGUGAUCAACUCCAAGAAAACUGGAAAUGCUUACAUAAGAAAGCUAUUGCAGCACAACACUCCUGAAGGAUUUUUGUCUGCAGUUAUUGCAGAAAUAAUUGAACCUUUUGACUUAGAAGAUGUGAAGGAGAGCUCUUGUUUGUCUAGUUCUCUUUCCAUUAAACAAGAUGGAAAAUUCUACAAACUUACUCUUGAUCUACAAAGUGUUGUUUCUUCAUUUCAAGAUUCGGAUAUAGAGAAGACAGUGGUGAUUCCUGGUUACAGCAGCUUCCUGAUCACAAGCAUUGUAGAUGGCAAUAAUGCGUUAGCGAUGGCCACCAUGCCUGAAAGAGUUCCCAACAACAUGACUUUUGUAAAAGACUCCUGGUUCUUAUAUGACUUUGGAGAAAGGAAUGGACGGGAAUGGAAAAUAUACACAAAACCCUGUAAUUAUUUGUUUCAGCAAGAUGAUAAUACACUAUCCCUCAGUGUCCUGAGAUACAUUGAUCUGGGGAAAUCUCAGACCUUAGGAAUUAAGGUCAUACCUCAUAGUAAAGGUGCUCAUACACUUGAAGUACCACUACUGAAAGCAAUCGUUGGAAACCCAAAUUUGUUGGAUGUUAAAGUUAAAGGCUCUUUUGAUAAUACUGAUAGAUACAUAAUGGAAAUUUCUGCAGCUAGCAAAACUUUCCUUCAAGGUUCAACGUCACUGGCACUUAUCAUCUGGGAAGCCUCGACUGACUGUUUUGUUACAACGUUUAUACCAACAUUGAAAAGCAGCUGCAGUUAUCUCAAGUCUAUGCGCCACAAACCUAGCUCCAUUAUCUCAAGGGGCGACUGGCUCGAAGGAUUUUACACAGGCAGUCGGGAUUUUAAUACGGUCAAAAUUUUGCCGGCAAACUACAGGCCUCCAUCUAGUAUGGGAGUUGCUAUACCACUUACAGAUAAUUUUUAUCAUGCAGAUCCUAGCAAACCCAUACCAAGAAAUCUAUUUCCCAAGUCAAAGAAAUCUGGUAAAUUCAAACAGUGUGCUAAUAAGUCUAAUCGGAAGCAGUGUAAUUGCACAAAGGAUCAGAAGCUUUCAUAUGCUGUUGCUUUCUCAGAUUGCAGAGAAAAGGUUCCUCGUUUUAAGUUUCCAGUUCUGCAAUAUCCAAUUAUUUUGAAUGUUUACAGUGAGGAUGGACACUUCCCAAUGGAAACUCCAUAUCUGGUUACUGUGAUGGAAGUGAAUGGGAGGAAACACUGGGAAAUCAAACACACUGUACCAAAAAAUGUAAAGAGACUGAAAAAUUACUUAGAAUCUAGUCUUCAUGUUCCAGUAUAUAAUCCUGUAGGCCUCAACAUAAGCAUAAAGGGCUCCGAGCUUUUCCACUUCAGAGUGUCCGUUGUGCCAGGAGUCACCUUUUGUAACUUAGUUGAAGAAUUUCAGAUUUACGUCGAUGAAGUGCCGCUGCAAUUUCCAGGACACAUGCUUAUUGCCAUCGCCACGGCUGUGGUGCUGGUGUGCUUAAUUUAUGCAACGUUUAUGUUUCGAAUACGUGCUGUAAACCCCGGUGAAAGAUACCGGAAAUUCAUUAUAAGAAACAAACUGAACUUACCGAAUAUCAGUACCAGUCAGUUGCCUAAAUUAUGA